UCUAUUAUUUUAAGGUAGUAAUAAAUAAAUAUUCUUCUAUAAGCACCAUGUGGCAAGAGUGUAUCUAGUUUUUUUUAUUUUAUUACCUAAAUAGUUGGCAAUCCUGAAGAGUGCGGUACCGAUUGUUUGGUUGGGUUUUCGCUCAUAGAAAAAUAAAAAAGUUUUUCGCCAGUUUUCGUAUUUUCCGUUCGUUUCGUUUUAGGUUUGUAGUCUAUAUUCAUCUGACCAAUGGCCAUGUAACUUAACCACUACCAUUUUAAUCUUUCUUUGACUACCAUUAUCUUGACGUUUCAGAUAAGUUUCAAGAAUUGCAGCUUUCAACCAAUAUUUUGCAAUUUACAAUUUUGUUUGUUAACUAUUAGAAAUAAUAGUUAAAUCUAACAAAUUACCAGCCUGUUUUUGGUUUAUAAUUCGUGAAUUUACUAUGGUUUUCUGUUAGUAGGUUAAAAAGGAACUUUUCAGAAUGAAUGAAAGAAUGGAUGAUACUAUAUUGAACAUGGUUCAUAACUUAAAAUCAACAAUGGAAACAAGACCUAAUUUUAAAUUUACGGCAUUACCGCCUAUGAAACGUUCGAUAAGUUCCAAUUCAAAUGAAAGCAGUUAUGAUGAAGUUACCCCUGUGAAGAAGUUAAAACGCGACAGUAAGUUAGAUUUAUCAUAUGUAGGCUCCCCAAGGGAAGUCAGAAGAAUGAGAUCAGAUUUAAUAGAAGCCAGAAACACCAUUAAAACUUUAGAAAGCAGAAUAAGUCAUAUGCAUUCAGUUAGAAAGCAAAUGCAAUUAAUGUUUGAUGAAGAAAACAAAACCCUUAAACGACAAAGUGAAUAUGAUAAAAAAUCUAUAGAAGAAUUGGAAAACCAACUGCAAUCUAUAAGAAAGAGAGAAAUAGAUGUUAAAAAUAAACUGUCUAAGGUCACCUGCGAGUAUGAGUUAUUAAAAAUAAAAUCCAGUGAAGAUGCUCAAAACUUUGAAAGAAGUAUGAAUGAUUUAAAAGAUGAAAGUAGACUGAUAGAGUCUGAGGAAAAUAGCAUGGUACCAUCAUUGGAAAGAAGAAUUAUUGAACUGGAAACUAUGUUAGAAGCUGCAGAAGAAGAUGCAGAAGCUCAGAAAAAGUUAGCCGAGGAAUUAGGCAAAAGAAUAAGUGAAGACAAUGUUCUCCAAACAAAUUUGGAACGUAAGACACAGGAAUUGUUAAAUGCAAGAUUAACUAUUAAAGAUUUGGAAUAUGCUGCAAAAGGCUUUGGAGAAUUUCAAGAACAGGCAAAGAUCCAAGCUCAAAGAUUAGCAAGAUAUAUUGAGCUUGAAAAAGAGAAUGAUCAGUUAAGAGAAGAAAGCCAGAGGUUGAAAGAACAAGUAAAAAAUAAAUUAAUUCUUGAAGAAGAAGUGUUUGAUUUGAAAAACAGGCUUGUCAAAUUUAAAGAUUAUGAAAAGAAGCUUUCAGAAUUGCAGAUUCAGGAAACCCAGAAUGUUAUGUAUUUGAAUGAAUGGAGAGCUGUGGCAAGGGGAAUUUGUGAGUCAAUGGAUUGUGAUUCCUCUUUGCCUCAUCAGUUAAGAAAUAUCGUUGAGAGAUUGCAGCAACGAGAGCUUAGUUUGACGGCACAAAAAGUUGAAAUGAAAUCCCAACUUAAAACUGUAACUCAUGAAGCUAAAAUUGCAAAGUCUGAAGUUGAAAAAUGCCAAAAACUGAUCAAAGAACUCAAACAAACCAGCGAACAAAAACAGAUGUUAAUCCACAGAAUGGAGAAAAAGUUGUUGUUAGUAAGUCGAGAACGAGACAGCUACAGACUACAAUUAGAUUCAUAUGAAAGAGAUCUUACCAUGUAUGUAAAUACAACAACAGUUGGUAGUGUUUCGAGUCAAGUACAAUCACAGAAAGAGCGCAUCGACAAUUUGGAAAAAAUCGUUUCAGAUUAUAGAGAUAUGGUUGCUAAGUUAGAGAACGAUUUACAGAAUUCUCAACCUCACUUACAUGGUGAUACUAUACCAUUAAGAACUGAACAAAUUACCAGAUUGAAAGAUGAAGUUCAACAAUUGAAGCUUGAAAAUGAUAAACUACGUGAAAGGCGCGAGGAACUUGAAAUAAAGUUAGAAGCUUACCUCGAAGGCGAGGAUACAUUACUUGGUGGAAAAAUUCUUCACCAAGCUGUCAACCCAUUAGCUGAAAGUCUGGAGCAGAGAGGAAAGUUGGUAGAAAAAUUACAACAAGACAUAGAAAGGCUAAAGAGAAAGAUUAAAAAUUACGAAGACGGCAUAGAAAAUAGCAAAUUGGGAGAUAUAACCAUGAACUUUAAAGAAGUUAAUUUAUUAAAAGAAAAACUGAAAUCGCAAGAAGCACAGGCACAGAUGAUGAAAGAUCAUUUUAAAUCGCAGGUGGAUGAUUUCAGGAAUGAUAUAAAUGAACUUUUAGGUUACAAAAUAGAUCGGACUCAAGGGUCCUUGUAUAUGUUAAGAAGCAUUUAUGCUGAACGACCCGAUGAUGCAUUGUGCUUCCAGGUCGAUAGUAAUGGAUCCUUGAACCUCAUGAAGAAUGCAUUUAGUGAAACUUUAGAAAGCUUGAUUGAUUUACACUUAAUGCAUCAAAAAUCAAUUCCUGUAUUCCUUAGUGCUCUUACUAUGGAUUUAUUUAACAAUAAGAGCGUCACGAUUACAGAAUAGAAUAAGAUUAAAAUGAAAUAAUUGAAAAUGUCUGCUUAAUCUAUAAUUUUUAAGUAUUACUCUUAAUAAAAUAAAUACAAUUCUUUUUUUUA